GACACUCGACAACGCUGUGAAGUUUUGUUGUGAAAAGACAUUUUCCACAGUAAGCAGUCGUUAGCGAGUUAGCCGCGUUAGCCAGCGGCGUUGGGAGACGUUAGCCUGGCGAGAGUGACACUUGGAUCGAAGUCCAGGCUUUGUUGUUGGACAGUACAGACUUGGACACGCUGUCGGCUCAACUUGCCGCCCUCGACUGGAGUCUGGCGACACAUGUGAUGUAGUUUAAUCCGAGUAUCAACUUAUUACGGAACCUUGGAAGUCAGUUUUCCUCACUUGGGCUGGACUGUGUGUGAAUGGAGCAGUGUGCAAGCACAGCCUCCCUGCUGGCCUCGGUGCGGGAGCAGGAGAGACAGUUUGAGAUGCUGAGUCGGGCUCUGGAGGAGGAGCGGAGGUCAUGCGCCGGCACCCUGCCCCGCCCCCUCCCCAACAUGCAGAACGGACGCAUUCCUUGUGAUGCAGACUUAGAAAGACUGACGCUGAAAGAGGGUUACAUCAACGGAGGACAUCAUUUCAUGAUGGAUCCCGGUCAAGUGCUGCCGGAAUCAUACGCGGUGGAGGCGACCCCACAGGAGUCACCUGUGGUCUCCGUGGAGACCAGCGAUGAUGGGACGACACGACGUGCUGAGACCACGAUGAAUAAGGUAGCCACUCGGACCACCAUCCCAUCCGUGUCUGACGCACUAUCUAUGGAUGGUGGGGGUUCAAUGACGGGCGGCUAUACUCAUCCCAUGGAGCGGAUCUACAGACAGGCCCCUGGGCCCGCGAUGCCUAUGGACUAUCCCACCCAUACUGUGCCUCGCAACUACCACUACGGACCCCCAGGUGGCUACGACGAAUACGUCCCUGGUCCCACACCAGAGGCGUACGCCAGUCUCAGCAGAGGCGCUCGCAUGGAGGAUCGCUACAGGCCAGUCCACCCAGAAGGCUACCGCACCUUAGAUCCAAACUACAGAGCUGCUAGCAGGACUCAGCUGGACCCCUAUGCUGCUCAACCACAGGUUGGGAGGAUGGGAAGCGCCAUGGAACUUUCCGGCAUCCAGCGAUUUGUCCCAGAACCAUACGGCUUGGAGGAUGACCAGCGCAGUAUGGGCUUUGAUGAACCUGAUUAUGGCAUGGGGCAACCGCUCCACUACAGCACGGUGCCUCGAAACCAUCAUGCCUUCCCCCACGGCCCGCCACGUAGAACUGGAAGUUACGAGGGAACUCUGGAUGGCAACAUGAGCGGUCCUGGGGACAUGUACUAUUUUGGAGGAGCACCACUAGCACAGGGUGAAAGAGGAAGCAUGGCCUCUUUGGACAGUACUCUACGCAAACCUGGGGCCGGCGGAUGGCGCCAGCCUGAGCUCCCAGAGGUCAUUGCCAUGCUCAACUACAGGCUGGACCCAGUCAGGAGCAACGCAGCCGCAUACCUGCAGCACCUCACCUAUAAGAAUGACAAAGUUAAGUCAGAGGUUCGUCGUCUAAAAGGAAUCCCAGCUCUGGUCUUGAUGCUUGACAACCCAAAUAAAGAAGUCCACUACGCUGCCUGUGGCGCAUUGAAGAACAUCUCUUACGGUAAAGAUCAGGACAACAAGAUCGCUAUAAAGAAUUGCGAUGGGGUCCCGGCUCUGAUUAGGCUGCUGAGGAAAACCCACGAUCAGGAUCUCACAGACACUAUUACAGGCACACUGUGGAACCUUUCUUCUCAUGACUCUGUAAAAAUGGAGAUUGUGGACCAUGCGCUUCAUGCCCUCUCUGAUGAAGUGAUCGUGCCUCGUUCUGGCUGGGAGCGAGGGAGUAACGGCGGAGCAGGCGGAGGAGAGGAGAACUGUAAGCCUCGGCACCUGGAGUGGGAAACGGCGCUCACCAACACAGCAGGAUGUUUGAGAAAUGUGAGUUCAGAGCGAAGUGAGGCGCGGAGAAAGCUGCGAGAGUGCACAGGCUUAGUGGAUUCUCUCAUGUACAUUGUACAGUCCCAGAUAGACUGCAAAGACGUCGACAACAAGUUGAUAGAAAACAGCGUGUGUCUGCUGAGGAACCUGUCUUAUCACGUCCACCGUGAAAUCCCCGGUUGUGAGCGCUACCAGGAGGCGGCACCUAUCAACCAGGGCCCCGCCCCUUCCAGCCAGAAGGGCGGGUGUUUCAGCUCUCGCAAGAGUAAAGAUGAGUGGUUUUCCAAAGGCAGAAAAGACGAGGAUCCAGCUGCAGAUGUAAUAGAUAUCCCAAAGAGAACCACGCCUGCCAAAGGCUACGAGUUGCUGUAUCAGCCGGAAGUAGUCCGCGUCUACACCUCUUUACUGAAAGAGUCCAAGAAUCCGACUGUGCUGGAGGCGUCAGCUGGGGCCAUUCAGAACCUGUGUGCCGGACGCUGGACUUUUGGUCGAUACAUCCGAGCGCUGCUGCGUCAGGAGAAAGGACUUCCAAUGAUCACUGAGCUCCUGGCUCAUGGUAACGACCGUGUCGUGCGAGCGAUGUCUGGUGCCCUGAGGAACCUUGCGAUCGAUGCUCGGAACAGAGAUCUGCUCGGAAAACAUGCUGUUCCCCACCUGGUGUCCAACCUGCCUGGUGGAGGCCAGAGUCAGCCAGCACGUGCGCUUUCAGAGGAGACGGUGGUGUCGGUUCUAAGCACGCUCCAUGAGGUCCUGGGCUCCAGUCUAGAGGCGGCUAAGACUCUCAGGGCCUCGCAAGGAAUUGAGAGAUUAGUGCUCAUCAACAAGGACGGAAAUCGCUCAGAGAAAGAAGUCCGUGGUGCCGGCCUGGUUCUGCAAACGGUGUGGGGCUACAAGGAGCUGCGGCGCACCUUGGAGAAGGACGGCUGGAAGAAGACGGACUUUAUGGUCAACUUAAAUGCUCCGAGCAACAGUACCAGGGCCAACGGAGGAUACGAAGAAAGCACGCUUCCUCUUAUUGACAGAGGCGGCAAAAACGACAGUGAAAUGAUUCCAAUGAAUGACAUGGGACCAGAUGCCUACUCCACACUGGACCAGAGAGGGAGGAGGAUUAGUUUGGACAACACACUCGACCCUGCUGACAAAGAUGCUGCACAGGGAGGAAUGUUUGGGAAGAGGCAAGCUUCUGUGCCUGUCAUGGAUUCUUAUGAUGAAAAACUAAUCGUGUGCAUCACAAGACGACAGCCGCCGCCAACCUACUGCCCUUGCUGAGCUGACAUCUGCAGGCGACGACGCCACAGUCGGGACUCCAUCCGUCACCCUUCUCUCCUCUCGUGUCUUCUCACGUUCCUUUUUUGCAGCUGAAAAGCAAAUGACUCAACAUGAACUUCAGGUGGACGUCGGUUCAACCCUCCCUUCCUUCGUCUCCAAAACCACUCAAGACUGUUUUUUUGAAGCUUCUGCACUACUUCUCUGUUUAACAACACUACGACCCGGCAGUCCUCACCAGCCCCCUUGUCCUCAACAGGAUGGGACUGGCAUCAUUGAAAAAAAAAAAAAUCCUUUCCAUCAAGACUGAUUCACAAGAACUCUUAAAAUCAGACUGACAUUUUUAGAAACACUGACUUCUGAUUAAAAAGAAAUGGCAUUUUCUGAUCAUAUUCACCACCAGGCAGAUACAUGUACGCUUUUGUUAAAAUGGUGGUUGUUCCUGUUGUUGCCUUGCGCUGUACUAAGAUAUUACUUGUGCCAAAAAAGUGAUGCUUCUGCUGCUGCAACAGCUUUUUUACGACAAUUAAUCUGAACAAACAACAAUUUGCGCUAUGCUCAUUCCAUUGUUCACUGGUUUGAAAAUGCUGUUUGAACUUUACGAAUCUAUUUUCUCCAUGUAUCUUUUAGGGGUCUACACAUUCACUCGGUGCAUUUCCGUUGAUACAGUACUUUGAGGUUGGCAAUCUCAUGAAUGUGAUGCAUAACAAUGCUGUUGCUGCAAGCCUGACUGGAGUGCCUCGUUUUGUCUAAUAUCUUUACAUGAUCAUUAAGAACGCUAAUACCAGACAAAUACUGGAACCGUAGACCACUAGAAAAAUUCAAAGGUUCUCUUAAAUCAAGACAAAUAUCUCAGAUUUCUAUUGCACAUUGCAUGGGGGGCGACCCGGUUUUCUGUCUUAAUACAAGUCUGUAGAAAACUGUAUGGUGCCCCAUGAGAUGUAGAUACUUAAUGAGAGCGCUACAUCAUUUUUUUUUUUGAUACUUGUUUCCAUUGAAAAAACAUGAUGGAUGUGUUUUACAAGUUGCCUUCAUGAGUGGAGUUGAGGCGAGGAGCGGUGGUUUUGAUUGUGUGGAGGCGGAGGUCAGGUUUUUCCUAGUAAAGCAGAUGAAAUAAAGCAUUUAAACUAUAUACCAGAGAUUAUUUGUUAAUUUUAAUGGUUGUAUGUAUUUUGUUUUAUAUUGAUUUUCGGGUUUAAUUGUAUUGGGUGCUCUGGGUGAACGCAUAUGCAAUCAGUCUUUCUCGGAUAGAAACAUGAAAAAUCUCGACUCAUUCGACCGGCUAUUGGCAACACUAAUGGAUGAACCUUUAUCUCUUCGCCUUGCCUCUUUAAAUUGCACAUUCUCAUCUAUGAAUGAAUUAUGUAACUAGCAAUACUGUUUUUAAUAAAUGAAAAUGGAAAAUGAUUUCUCA